UUCAAAGACAGAGCAAUUAAAUUAGAAUUAAGCUUAGGUCAUAGGCAAGAGAAGGUGGAUCCAUCCAACUUGAGAGAUCAAGGGAUUGAUGUGCACUCUUUGUUCCUCUUUCCACAUUUGUAAGUUUACCACCAUGACAAUGAGUGGCUAAAUCUUUUGUUGUUGGGAUUAGGUGUAGCUCAUUCAUAAAUAUGUACAACUCUUAAUCAUGUUAUAUAUGUUUUAAUUUAUCAUCAACUUAGUGUUAUCUUUGAUUUGCAUGUUUAUCUUUAAGAUUUGAAUUGUUAUAGACAUAUUUCACUUUGAAUCAAAUGGAAAAGAUAAUCACUUAUUAAAAAUCCUAAAACUCUAGACAUAGAUUUAGGUUUUUAAUAUUCACUUUUGUAUUGAAACUUAAUGCUGUUGUGUUAUUCAAAUGUUUCGAGACAUCGGAGUUUAAAUAAUACAAUUUAGCCGUUAUAUUAAUUAUUCAAUCGAGACAUCGAGGAUUAAUAAGUAUAACGUGAUUCUUGUCGUUAUCUGGACACAGAAACAUCCGUGAGCAAUACGUGAUAUGUUGAUGAUUAGUUAAAAUAUAUAUGAAUGUUUUAGAAACGUACAUAUAAGUGAAAGAGUGAAGUCUAAUCCCGACAACCUUUUCUCUCUGAAUCUUUAAUCACAUUUUUAUUUGCAUUUAUAUGCUUUUGCAAGUUUUUACAACAAAACAAACUUUAAAUACUUCACUUAAAAUUAUGGUAAUUGUUGAACGGUUUUUAAUAUCACACUAGUCCCUGUGGAGACGAUAAUUCUAAAACUUACUUUUGUACUCUCAACAAAAUGGCGCCGUUGCCGGGGACUGGCGUUUAGAUAUUGGAGCAUUUCAACAAUUUGUAUUCUUUUAAGUAUUUGUACAUAUUUGUUUAUAUUGUAUAGUUUUUGCUUGCACUAAUCCUUCUUUGCUAGACAAAGAAAGUUGUUUUUCUUGUUUGUUGAAUCCUUUUUUCAGAUUCCCCAUUAAAAGUUAAAUCAUGACUGAUCGUGGUUAUUACAACUUCUAUACUCCGGGUGAGUAUGAAUCAUAUCAACAGUUUCCUCCUUAUAAUUAUGGGCAAACUUCAGAGGCUAGAUUGGAGGAGACCAUGAUUAAAUUCAUGGAAAUGCAGCAGCAACAAAACCAACAGUGGCAACAAUAUCUGAAAAACAGUCUUGCACGGGCCAAAAAUUUGGAAAAUCAGCUUGUUCAGUUGGCUAAACAGUUAGCCAAUAACAAUAACCAAGGAGGAACAUUUCAAACCAACACACAAACCACUCCUGACGAGAAAGAUAAUAUUCUAAAUGAGGAAAGAAUGUUCGAAGGAUGUGGUGUAAAGAAAAUAGUGAAAGAAAUAGAUACACCGCAUGAAGUUGAACUUCCUCAAGAAUUGCCAUGUACGGAGGAAGCUAACACUGUUGAUAAGGAACAAGUGAUGAUGGUUGCGGAGGAAAAUAAAGGAUUAUUUAGCAAGGAAGAAUCAUGUGAACAAAAGAAGGAGAUGAAAAACAAGGCGGAGAUUGACUGGGUCAUAGACGAAAUAUGUGCAUUGUUCAAUAUGAAGCAAUUGGGGAGGAUAUGGACUCCGCAAUAUCUAUAUCUCAAGUUCAUGGAGUUCCUCCCUAACCGAAGGAAAAAGACGGAUAAUGUGCUUUCCGUCUCAUUUUGGCCACCCUAACCAAAAAGGCGUCAAGCUAAUGACGUAAAAGAAGCGCUUGUUGGGAGGCAACCCAAUUUUCUUUCCUUUACUUUUAUUUAAAGCAUUUUUAGUUUCUUAUAUGUUAUAAAAGUUUUUGAACAUGUUGUCCAAUCACUUUUGAAAACAAAGUCUUUGAAUUGGUGUGAAUUUCAUUUGAAAUUCUGUUUUCUGCUAUAGUCGCUGAGCGAGACCCUUGCUCGCUAAGCGAGCUUAUCAAAGCUUUUGGAAAUUCUGACAAAAGCCUAGGGUUGUAUGUUUUACCUUGUUGUAAAUGCAGGCAUAACUUCAUUUUCUUGGCCUGAGGACAGUCCACACUUGUUGAAGAGGGAGAAUAGCAGAAGCCGAGGAUUAAAGCACGCCAUAUACAGUGACAUUUUAUUGUUUCAGUCAUUAAAUUCAUGUUUUAUGUUUAUUGCAAAUGUUGACUGAAAUUUUUGUAAACAUACAUGGUUUAAACUUUUGUGAUUGUUACAUGUGCAUAUGAAUUGAAAAGUUUAAGUGUGUGAUUGAUCAAAUUCAAAUGCAUGGUUAAAAUGACUUUUCUUUUAAAUUGCAUUGCUUGAGGUCAAAUCUUUGUGAUUAUCUUUGAAUGUUAGGAUGAAUUUGAACUAAGUAGCUUUAUUCAAAUUUGAUUUCAUCCAUUCCUCCUUAACAUGAUUGAUUGAUUAUGAAUCACAUAGACCUAGCCGGGUGAGAUUGUGUGAACCUUCCAUUGUAUAUAUAUUUGAGAGCCGGCAAUUGUGUUUAACUCUGUUGAUUUUAACUGAAUCUUGCUAUUACUUGAUGUGUUUGAAGUCAUGGAAAUGAUCAAGGCCAUGUUUCUUUUUGAGUGGUAACUACUUAAGCCAAAAUAACCUACCUUGUGAGUUAGUGUGAUCCUUUGCUA